AAACCAGCAAGGUCUGUAGUAGUGCCCUGGGGUUUAAAUUGAGUUGAAUGAUCUCAGUCCCAUAGUUAUCAUAGCUGGUUUGUUACUUUUACUCAGCCCUCUCUAGCUUUCUCUCUGUUUCCCCCCCUCCCUCAUUUCUUACCCGUGAGAGUUUUAGCCCUUGUUGGAUUUUUAGUUAAAAAAAGAAAUAUUAGAUGUUUGAGGACAGCUGGAGGCAAACACCCACGGAGUAGCUUUGCAUGUACCUGGUCUCCACCUUGAUCACACUCACCGGUGGCUGCUGAUCUGUUGGAUCCUCUGGGUUUUGAGUGCUGCCUGUGCAGGAGUGAGUGCUGAGGACCUGUGCUCAGUGGGGGCUUGAUAGAACAGAGAAAGCAGGCAGUCACCAUGCUGCGAGAGGCGCUAUCAAACAUUUUAAAAUUCCACAAUUAUCUACAAUCAAGAACUGAUGCCAGAGUCAGAGACUACCCUCUGAUGCAGAGUCCCGUUCAGAUGACCACCAUCCUGAUGGCCUACGUCGUCUUCUCAGUGUACAUCGGGCCUCGCCUAAUGGCGAACCGCAAACCUUUCCGCCUAAACACAGUCAUGAUCAUCUACAACCUCAGCAUGGUUUUACUGAACGCCUACAUAGUCUAUGAGUUCCUGAUGUCGGGAUGGGCUACCACCUUCACAUGGAGAUGUGACCUAAUUGACCCCUCCAGCAGCCCGCAGGCUCUUAGGAUGAUUCGAGUGGCUUGGUUGUUUUAUUUUUCUAAAUUCAUUGAACUCCUUGACACAGUAUUCUUUGUGUUGAGGAAGAAACAAAACCAAAUCACAUUUCUCCAUGUAUUCCAUCACUCCUUCAUGCCCUGGACGUGGUGGUGGGGCAUCACUCUGACUCCUGCCGGAGGAAUGGGCUCCUUCCAUGCCAUGGUGAACGCAACAGUCCACGUUAUCAUGUACUUCUACUAUGGACUUUCUGCUGCAGGACCUCGCUUCCAGAAAUACCUGUGGUGGAAGAAGUAUAUGACUGCCAUCCAGCUUAUACAGUUUGUUCUGGUCUCCAUUCACAUCAGCCAGUACUACUUCAUGGAGAAGUGUGACUACCAGGUCCCGUUAUGGAUCCACUUGAUCUGGAUGUAUGGCAUCUUCUUCUUCCUCCUCUUCUCCAACUUUUGGGUGCAGGCCUACAUUAAGGGCAAACGGCUUCCUGCCACAGAGGACAAGCUAAAACUGAACGGCUCCGCCAGUGAACCCAUCACUGUGGUGGCCAACGGCAAACACCUGGGAAGAGAACGGGAGAAUGGAAAGGUGCCCUAUUACACCAACGGCAAAAUCUUCCUGGGCAAAGUAAAGGAAAUCUAAGUGACUCUGGAAAUGAGAAGGAAGAAGAAGAAUACGAGGCGGCUCUAUAGAGCCACCUUGAGUAUGUCAUUCAUCAUUCAUAUCUAGUGGCUUAUUGGAGUGGCACAGAUUCCAAUAGGCUACUUAUAAACUUCUUAAUUUCUAUAUAAGUCUAGUCUUUUUUGAAAAUAUAUGCACACUUCUUGGGAUAUGAAUGGCAUAUUUUGUUUUGCCGGUGAGCUCUACAUGUGAUAUAGUGUUUGUUAGUUGUUGCGAAAACUAUUAACUGUGACACACACACUGUAUGAAGACUGGUGCUCAUUUUUGUCACUGAUAGUAUUCUUCAACUCAAGCUUAAGACACACAAGCUUGACCUGCACUACACUGUUUGGCUGGCAUGAUGCUUGUUGCUUGGGAGUAUUGCACACUUUCCACUGAAGACUAGCACAUGUAAAUAAGUGCUGCAAAGUUUAUGUCAAAAAACAAGGUUUUGUAGAUGUCAAUACAACAAUAUGUUUUUAUUUAUCAUUUGAAAUAAAAAAAAUUUAGAUAAAGGUCUGUGUCAUUUGGAAAGCAGUUAUGGUGUGCACUUUGUAAGAAACAUACCACACCUUGAUUUUUCAAUUUUAAGAAUUGUGGAAAAGAAAUGUUAGACUGUAUAUUACAGUAUUGAUGCAUUUUGCAUUUUUUUGCAUAAUUAGGCAGUGACAUAUGUGUUUAUCCAUAUUAAUCCACUCUGAGUUUUGCAACACUGUAUGGUCUCUUCUCUUAACACACUGUGAGGUUAAUAGAAAGACUGCUUUCUAUGACAUUAGAAUUAAAUAAAAAGAGUGCUGUAGAUGCCCGUCUCUAAAUA